AUGGCGAAAACAUUCAACAUCCUCGUCCUCCCCGGCGAUGGCAUCGGGCCCGAAGUCAUGGCCGAGGCCAUCAAGGUGCUGCAGGUCUUCAACACCCCGCAGCGCCAGUUCCAGCUCCGCGAGGAGCUCGUCGGCGGCUGCAGCAUCGACAAGCACGGCAAGCCCGUGACGGACGAAGUCAAGCAGGCCGCGCUGGACGCGGACGCGGUGCUCUUCGGCGCCGUGGGAGGCCCCAAAUGGGACAGUGCGCGUCGGGGCCUGGACGGGCCUGAGGGCGGCCUGUUGCAGGUGCGCAGGACGCUGGAUAUCUACGCGAAUUUGCGCCCUUGUUCGGCCAGUUCGCCUAGUCCGUCCAUCGCGAGGGAGUUUAGCCCGUUCCGGGAGAGCGUCAUUGAGGGUGUCGAUUUCCUCGUUCUGCGAGAGAACUGCGGAGGGGCGUAUUUUGGGAGGAAGAUUGAGAAUGAGGACUAUGCAAUGGAUGAAUGGGCCUACUCAGAGGCAGAGAUCCAACGUAUCGCUCGCCUGGCCGCUCGCCUCGCCCUCCGUCAUGACCCUCCCUGGCCCGUCAUCUCCCUCGACAAGGCCAACGUCCUGGCCUCGUCGCGUCUCUGGCGGAAGGUGGUCGAGAAGACCCUGACGACUGAGUUUCCCCAGGUCAAGCUCGUGCACCAGCUGGCGGACUCGGCGUCGCUGCUCAUGGCGACGAACCCGCGCUCGCUCAACGGCGUGCUUCUCGCGGACAACACCUUUGGCGACAUGAUUUCCGACCAGGCGGGUUCGAUCGUCGGCACUCUGGGUGUCCUGCCCAGUGCCAGUCUGAACGGCCUCCCGGGUGACAAUAUCCGGCCGCAUGCGCUGUAUGAACCGACUCAUGGGUCUGCGCCGACCAUUGCCGGCAAGAACAUCGCCAACCCGGUCGCCAUGAUCCUCUGUGUGGCUCUGAUGUUCCGCUACUCGUUCGACAUGGAGGCCGAGGCGAAGCGGAUUGAAGACGCGGUUCGGGAGGUACUGGAGUCGGGCAUUCGGACGGCCGACUUGGGCGGAAACGCGAGUACGACAGAGGUGGGAGAUGCGGUUGUGGCAGUUUUGAAAAAGAAGUCGUCAUAA